ACAAAGACACAUGUCAGAGGCACAUAGACGCACCAUUGACGUAUACAAAUUUAAUAUUUUCCUUCCUUUUCAUAAAUGUUUAAUUUUAUAGGUAACAUACGUGAUGAAUUAUUUGAUGACUUCGUACACAUUUUAGAUUAUAUAUCUUUAGAAAGUCUCAGCCUAUAUGACAAAAUAACAGAUAAUUUAAUUGUUGUACUACGUACGAAAUUCAGUAAACCUCGAUGCGGUGACAAAUUUUUAGUUUAAAAUAGAUUAAGUUCAAAACACAUUUUAUUCAAAAUUCUCGUGCAACAACAAGCAAAGCAAUAUGGAUGAGGAAUCGCUUAAUAUAGAAAAUGCUGGGGCCGGUGAAGAGGUGAAGGUUAGUGAAAACCAGGAAAAAGAAGCAGGUCAAACAGACACAGUUGCUGAAACAGUAACUGAUGGAGGUGACCAAACGGAAGUAACCGAAGGAACAGAAGGUGAAACAGCUGAAGUAGCUGAACUGGUUGAAGGAGAGACAAGAGAGACAGGAGAGACAGGAGAGCCAGGAGAGCCAGGAGAGCCAGGAGAAGCUGCAGUGAAAGAGGAAGUCGAUGGAGAACAUACAGAGCAAGAAGGAGCCCUGGAGGGGGAACAAGUUGAAGGAGAGGAGGUUGAAGGUGAAACUGCGGUUACCGAAGGGGAGCACGUAGAAGGUGAACAUGUUGAAGGAGAAGAAAAAGAAAAAGGUGAAGAAGAAAAAGUGGAAGGAGAAGAGGUUGAAGGUGAAGGUUUGGAAGGUGAACAGGUAGAAGGUGAGGAAGUACAAAAAACCGAAGAACCUGCACCUGAAGAACAAGUCGAAGAGGAAGAACAAUACGUUGAGGAACCACCUCCUGAUCCAGCUGCUCCAUAUGAUUUCAGUGACUCUAAAGAAGCCUUGAAAGCACCCUUUGAAUUACGACCUGAUCAGUUAGCUGAAGUAGAACAAUUAUGGGAAAUGUUUCAAAAUCACACUCCAGCAUAUGCUGAAUUGGAUGGAUUCAUUACAGAAAAAGAAUUGGUUUUCUUGCUAAAAAGUCUUCUGAUCAUGACAUAUACAGUGGAACAACUUCAAGAGCUAAUAACCUAUUGUUGCAGACCACCAAAUGCAGAGGGACAUAUAUUUUAUGAACAGUUUCUAAAAAUGGUAACAAUAAGACAAAGAGACUUUCCUAUUGAAGAGGAAAUUCGAGCUUCAUUACAAGUGUACGACCCUGAGAAGACAGGAUUACUGGAUCGUGAAUACCUGAGAGACACAUUGACGAAACAGGGUAGUAAAAUGUCGGCGAAAAUGGUAGAUAAUCUAAUUAAAGAAGUCGACAUAAGUAAUGAUGGUACCAUAAAUUUAGAAGAUGUAGUUGCAACAAUGUGCAUUGAUUUGAAUAAAGAGGACUUGCAAAUACUUAGAGCGGCUGCUUAUCCUAAAGGGCCAGAUGAUACAGAAGAGAAAACUCUACAGGAAAUAACAGGUGGUGAUGAUAAUCAAGAUGAAUAAACCGAAACUAAUUCAUUUAGCACAACAAAUUCUUAAGUUCAGCGAAACUGGAUAUACCUAUACGUAUAAUAAUAAAAAUAAAACAAAGUGAAUAAUA